AUGACAGUAAUACAAAAAUAGGGAAUUUUGUACUAAUACCUGUUUAUUUUUCACUUUCCUCUUUAAAACCCUGUGUUUUAAGCAGUAUAGGAAUCAUCUCUUUAAGAUGAUUACGGGUUUGAUGAUCAAGAAAAUAUUUAGAAAAAUUUAUACAGUCAUAAUACACUCAGAUAAUAUUGGUCAGACCCUCUUGUUAUUUUUAGAAGUGACAUUUUUACUAGUAACAACUAUGUCGACUGGUUUGCCCCUGAAGAUACAAAGAAAUUCAAAGAUAUCUAGCUUCUUCAAUUUGAAAAGGGUGAAAAAUAAGAAUAUCUUAAGAAAUUCACUAUUUAUUGUAUUAAAAUGUUGAUUUUUGAUAUGUACGAAUAGUAAGUAUAAACUUAAAACCAAAAAGAUUUGGAUUUCAAAAGGUUUAAACAGAGUUGAGAAAAGUUAUAGACAACCGAAUUAUUUUAAAUGAUGUUUAAUUAUUUAAUUGUAAUUGGAAAAAUUUUAGAAUAAACGAUUUAUAUUAAUUAUAUGGUCAUAAGAAUUGGGUAAGAUCAGUCUGUUUCUCUCCUGAUGGAAAUACAUUAGCUUCAGGUAGUGUAGAUAACUCUAUCCGCUAAUGGGAUCUCAAAACAGGAUAAUAAAAAGCUAAAUUAGAUGGUCAUAUGUCUAUUCAGUAUGUUUCUCCCCUGACGGAAAUAAAUUAGCAUCGGUUAGUUAUAAUAAGUCUGUUCGCCUAUGGGAUGUCACAACAGCCUUAGAAAUUUUAUUCUCGGAUAAUAGUAAUAAGGAAAUUUUAGAAAAAGGCAAUAUAUUCUUGUUCUUAAACAACCCUCCUAUGGGUAUUUAUUAUUUUAUACUAUUUAGUUUACACUAAUAUUUUGGAAAGCAGAAUUCAAAAAUGAGAUAUUCUUAUUAUUUCUAGAAUAUUACAAAUAAAUCAUUAAGGUUGGUUUUUUUUAGUAAUGA